CGGAACCUCCUUCCUUUGGAUGGAAGAGCAAAGGAAGAGGCAAAUCGCCGAGCGACUCGCGCGCCGCCCAGAAGGAGGAUUGGAGCAUUGGAUUCUGCAAUGGACUCCGUCCUUGAGAUCCAGAAUCAAGCUAAACAGCAACUCCAGCGUGUAGCAAUGGCAGCCGCACCCAUUGAAGUUCUCCCACCUUGCAAGAGGCAAAAGAAGAACCCCAGUUGUCUGGGAACCUCGCCGGUCCUUCCGGCCACGUCAACUGCAGACUGGUCCUCACUCCAGCUCGACAUAGUCCGCCGCAUUGCCGACUCCUUCCUCGCCACCAAUGACAUUGACUGCUACAUGGACUUGCGCACUGUCUGCCACAGCUGGCGUUACGCUACCGACGACCCCAAGGAGAAUAUUUUGGACUACCAGUUCCUUCCGCGCCGAUGGAUCAUCCUCGACGAGGUCUUCCAGAGUGGGACGCGCUGCCUCUUGGUCAACACCGCCACCGGCCGAAUCCUCCACAAGGAGCUCCCUCUGCUCUCCGACUACUAUAUCGUCACCACCACUCUCGACGGCUUCUUCGUCCUUGCCGAUAGGAGGCCCCCUCAUGCUGCUCGUGUCUUCAACCCUCUCACUGGUGGCAUCAUCCCUUUCACGGUGCCCGUGCCGCCUGAGGUGAAGGUCACCUGUUCGCUCUGCUUUGAGUUUGCUUCGCCCAUGCUCACCUUGCUCUCCAAGUCAUGUUGCAAGAUAUACAUAUCCAGUCCUCACAGUAUCCGCACCGAAAACUUUGAGAUUUCACUCUAUGGUCUCUUUCGGAGGGCUGUCAAAGGUGAUUUGGCCGGCCUUUGGUGGCUACCAGCCGGAAGCUCGGAAUCAGCCGAAACAGCUGCUGUGAAUGCGAUUGGCAAGAUCUCCAAUGUUAUGAAGUCGCUCCAUGUUGACCCGUUGAAGUUCUUUUCUAGUGAUCCUCCUGAUAUGGGGCUUGCAGACGACACCAAGUGUUUCCUAAUGGAUUUUGGUGGACAACUGCUGGCCACCAUCAAGGGACAACUCGUCCAGAUUUUCAGGUACGAAGCGAAGAAUGGCGUGCUUUUGCAUUUGAAGAGCAUCGGCAACCAUGCCAUCUUCCUUGGUCAUCAUAAGUGCCUAGCUGUGGAUACUGAUAUGUUCCCAUUGAUUGAGGCAAACUGUGUUUACUACACUGAACAACUGGGUUUGUCUGCUCGUAUCCGGAAAUGCAACAUCAAGGACGAGAAAGUAGAGAGCAUCUCGGAAGCCGUUGAUUUUGUGAAGCAGGAGAAGCAGUUUGUCCUCGUUGGCGACCGUCCUUUUACGAUCAUCCAGCUUCUGGCAAGCUACACCAUCAACAUACGGGAUUCUGAACUGGCCUUACAUCAGAUCACAUGAGGUGCUGAUAAACUGGAUGAUCUGACCUAUGGUAUGCAUUGCUAAGAAUGGGUUCCUGUUUUGUUGCUUUGGUUAAGCGUUGAUUUGUUCCGGGCAAGAAACGGAUUGAAUCUAGGCUGUAUCUUCUAUGAUGGAAUUACUGUCUACUACCUUAUGUCCUCCACUGUUUAGCUUUAUGCUAGUGUGCAAUGUGGUUCUUAAUUUCUUCAGUAGAUAAUGUCAGCUCAACCUGUCCCCCCUUUUAUGUAUUUAGCUUUGCAACUGAAUCUUUGAAAAUGUGUCAUGCCUCAUUGUUCUCUAUGAUGUUUCUAAUAUUGCAAUAUUUUGUCUAGGCAAGAAA